CGUGCAUACCCAAACCCUUUCCACCCACACCCAGGUGCUCUGCGCUGCUCUACACGUCGGCCGAAACCACGCGAGCCCAACCCAACGCAUUUUCUUGUGUCUUCUUCACCCCUACAGAAAACACGUACCCUCAAGAACUCUGGUGCACCUCGCGUGGACGUGGACGAUGGGGGAGGUGGCGCCGUCGGGCGACGGCGACGGAGCGGCGAUGAGGAGGGCGGUGCGCCGGCUGAGCCUCGGCGCGGCGACGGAGGACGAGAGGGCGGAGGCGGCCACGGAGGUCGGGAGGCUGGCGCGGUCGAACGAGCGCAUCAAACGCGCGCUCCCGGAGCUCGGCGUCGUGCUGCCGCUCGUGUCCAUGCUCGCGGAUGGAGGUGCCGGCGCCGGCGCGCGGACGGCCGCCGCGCAGGCGCUGCUCGAGCUCGCGAGAGGAACCCACAGAAACAAGGUGCACAUCGUGAAGGCCGGCCUGCUCAAGAAGCUGCCGAAGCUCAUGGACCUGUCAACAAGCCAGGACCUCGCGCUGCUCCUCCUCUCCGUCUCCUCGCUGGCCAACACCGACUUCCCGCUCUCCUCCGCCGACCUUCUCCCGUUCCUCGUCGCCACGCUCACCGCCACCGACGUGCCGGACGACACGAGGCUGGCGUGCCUGGCCGCGCUCCGCAACCUCUCCGCCAAGCUAGAGCACGUUCGGGCCGUGGUCACCAGCGGUGCCGUGCGCGCGCUCCUGCUGCCGUCCCUACUGGAGCAUACCGAGACGAUAGCGGAGGCAGCGCUGGGCGUCCUGGCCGACGUCGCGGCGGCGAGCGCGGCGGGGAGGCGGGAGAUGGCGGAGGACGAGGAGGCGCCCAGGGCGCUGGUGGAGGCCAUGGCGCGGCACGAGGGCGCGGGGUGCCAGGAGCACGCGACGUACCUGGUCAUGGCGCUCGCGCACGGCGGCGGCGGCGGCCGUGCGCUGCGGUGGCGGAUGCGCCAGCUCGGCGCCGUGCAGGCGCUCCUCGAGGUGUCGCUGCUCGGGAGCCCCCUCGCGCGGAGCAGGGCGGCCAAGAUCCUGCAAUGGUUCAAGGACGACGGGCAAGACAGGAUCAGGGCACACUCCGGCCCGCGCAUGGAAGCCGUGCCCUCACGGCCGUGCAAUGGCAAGGGCGGCGGUGCUGACGGGACGAAGGCUUGCCGGAGCGCCGUGGACAGGAUAGUGAAGCAGAGCCUGGACAUGAACAUGAGGUCCAUCAUGCGGCGAGCCACGGCGUCCGUGGACAUGACCAACGCUAAGCAGCUAGUGGCCAGCUCCAGCUCCAAGAGCUUGCCUUGCUGAACAAUAUGCAAAAGUGCUCAUUUUUCCCCUCUUUCUUUGUACUCUGUCAAAUCUGAAUGAUUUUCAACUUACUGUGUAAAUUCAGAUAGAUAUAUAUCAUCUAUGUGACCUGUGCCA